GGAGGAGGAGGAGGAGGGAGCGAGGCACCGCUCAGCUUGUUUCCUGGUCCCUGCAGGUCAGACCAUCAUGUCAUCCCCGGGUAGUGGCCCUUCAGGUGCCCGACCCCUGGCCUUGGAUGGUGGGUGGGGCUGGGUGAUCGUGGUGUCUGGUUUUCUGGCUCUGCUUCUGGGGUAUGGCUCCCCUCAGUCUGUGGGCAUUCUAUACCCAGAGUGGCUGGUAACCUUUGGGGAGGGGAAGGCCAUGACGGCCUGGGUGGGCUCAGUGGUCACUGGAAUCGGACUCAUCGUGGGUCCGAUCUGCAGUGUCUGUGUGGUGAAUUUCGGUGCCCGGCCUGUCACUAUUUUCAGCAGCGUCAUGGUGGCGGGGGGGCUGAUGCUGAGCGCCUUCGCUCCCAACAUCUCCUUCCUCAUCUUCUCCUACGGCGUUGUGGUUGGUGUCGGUGUCGGUCUGCUGUACGCUGCCACCCUCACAAUCACCUGUCUGUACUUUGACAAGAGGAGGGGUCUUGCUCUGGGGAUAGUGACCACAGGUUCAAGUGCUGGUGGCUUCCUGUAUGCCACGCUGCAGGGCGAGUUUGUGGAUCUGUUCGGGCUGGAUGGCUGCCUCCUCCUCGUUGGCGCACUGGCCCUCAACAUCAUAGCGUGUGCUGGCCCCAUGCGACCUCUGACCCCACCUAAAUACUACCUCAAACAGCGAGCUGCCAUCUUAGAGCAGCACCUUCGGGAGGAGCAAGAGCUGACCAAUGAGAAGCUUUUGACUAAAGAUCAGGUUAUGAUCAUGGAAACCACAGAAUCACAGGUCAGGAGGUGCAGCUUAUUGAGCUGCUCGGCCUUCAUCGAGAGGAUGAAGAUGAAGAUGAAGCGUCAUACGCGGUCCUCGUCCUCCCUGUCAUCUGUCCUUCAGGACCGAGUUUUUCUGGCACUGUGCGUCUCUCUCUUCUUCUUCAGCUUUGGCAGCUCCCCCCCUGCCCUCUUCUUGGAGGACUUGGCUCAGAGUGCCAGGCUGACGGAGGGUGUCCCCCCCAUCUCCCUGGUGUCCUUGCUGUCCAUUGGGAGCGGUGUGGGCAAACUGACCCUGGGCGUCAUGGCGGACGUGCCGCGGGUAGACAGUGUGGUCCUGUAUGCCCUGACAGUGGCGGUGAGCGGGCUUGGAGUCAUCCUAAUUCCCCUGACCAGGUCGUACCUGGGCCUCCAGGUGCUGUCUGUAAGCUUGGGCUUCAUGGCCGGGAACUGGACCCUGACGCCGUAUGUCACAGGUCAGGUGGUCGGCUUGGAGAAGCUCGCCGAUGCUCAUGGGAUACUCAUGUUCUUUGGGGGCAUCGGCAUCGUGCUGGGUUCUCCUGUUGUAGGUAAGAAGGACUGA